GAAGACUCCGAAGUCCGAGUAGUGUGAAUACGCCUUAAUGUCCGGUGCCGUCUUGUCAAAUUGUCAUACCUACACAAAUUAAUUGUCAUUUUCAACUAGGUAUUCAAGUGGGUGGCCAAUAUUGCAAAACAGUAGAUAAUAUGAUUAAUUUAUUAUUAUUACGAACCUUCUGUAUAUAAUGGAUUUGUUAAAAACACCGUCAAUUCAGUCUUUACUAGAUUCCGAUUUGGAGUCUGUUGAAAGUUUUCCUUACCUGGAUAUCGAAGAGUUGGAUGAAGUAGAAUAUGCACUGCCGGCCAGUGAGGCGCCCACUUUAGCAGAGGUGCUCUCUGCAGAAGAGGAUGGACUUCAAGAAGAGAAAGAUGUUUUGAGAAGGUUACAAAAAGUUGAGGAGCCCACAACAUGUUCUGCCCUCCAAGCAGACUUUCUACAAGCAUUAUCACAACAACUGCAACAGGCGCAAGAAAGAUCUUCAGCUGGCACAGCAACUACUAUAAGUGUAGGCAAAGAUGGAAGAUUAACCGUGGGCACAGCUCACGGUCAUCUCCUAUCAUUUCAAGACCAGACGCUGCGCUGGGUUUGUGACUCUAACACAGACCGUGGAGCAGUGUCAUGUUUAGCAUAUAACCAGGACAGUACGCGCCUUCUGGCAGGGUAUGCUCGUGGCCUAAUAUGCCAAUACGAGAGUAUUCGUGGCAUUGUUCUAAGACGCGUCACUCUAGGAUGUGAUAUUUGGGGAACUUUAAGAGUGACGUGGGCAGGCACUUCUGGACUCGCUCUCGACACAGGAGGGUCAGUGUGGUUGAUAAAAUUUUCGCGGCCACUAGGUGUGCGAUCUGCUCGUACCUCCUGUUUAUUCUCUGGCGCGCGAGGGGAAGUGGUGGCUAUGACGGCCCGUGACGCGCACAUCCUGGCCAUGGCGACGCUGUCGAGAGUCAUCAUCGUCGCCGGCGGCCGCGCGGCCGGCGUUCGACUCGGUGGGCCCCCCGACACGCUGCCCGUCAUAGAGUGGUGUGAAAAUGAUGAUAGAGUGUUAGUGUGCGCUCGCGCAAAAAUAUUACAGUGGCUGUCUGUCAACAUUACGGGCUCUUCUAUAUCACUCCGUCCGAUGCAACGUAUCGAAUUGAAGACUUCGCCUCUUUGGCUAGGUUGGCUCGGUGGCAGCCUUGCUAUUUUUGAUGUCGAUGAAAACUUACGCCUGUGGGGCGAUGAUUAUGACAAACCAUUAGAUCUUUCACACGUGGAACCAGUUUAUGCGUCAGCGUUUUUUAAAGGCCUGUGGACAGACGGUCGCGUUUCGCGUGCUAUGUGCACAGCCGGUGCAAGUGCUUUAGGAGGCGUGUGUGUAACUGACGGUGUUUUAUCUCUGUUGGGACGCAAGGGAGUGGUGCGAGUACGACCACGUGACCUACUUGCAAGGGCUCAAGCCUUCCUCUCUUCUGGACGUCACUCGCAAGCGCUACGACUCCUAUGCUCUACGAAAGGUCCAGAAGCUAAAAACAUUGCAAGUAAAUUUAUAAUACACCUUUCGGAAAGACCACACAUACUGAGUGAUAAACAAGUAGCAGAUCAGGCUGUAAAAUUGUGUGUGAAAUACAAAUUCAGUGAUGACUUAUGGUACUCACUGUGGGAGAAUUGCUCGGGAGAACGAGCAUUUGUCGAAGCACUAGGCGAUGCCGCAGUACGUGGGGAAUUGUCGGCAUUGCCACCAUCACCGGAUUCUACACAGGCGCUUAUAGAAAAGCUAGCGGAAUUCGAGCCGGGAUUGGUGGAGCGCGUGGUGGCGUCGUUGCCGCUAACAUCGCUCGACCCGCACCGAGCGAGCGUCUUCACGCGGGAGAAGCGACUGUGGCGCGGCGUCGGGGCUAUUGCAGCAGCGCUAGGCGGGCCGAGCGGCGCCAUGCGCGCGCUGGUGGCGCACGUGGCGCCGGCGUGCGGCGGCGGCGCGGCGUGCGCGUGCGCGGGCGGCGCGCUGCUGCUGGCGGCCGCCGACGCGCUGGCCGGCCGCGGCGCCGGCGGCCGCGCGCUGCCCGACCACGCGCAGCACGCCGCGCGCCACGACGCCUUGCUGACCCUGCUGGCGGAAGACGCGGCGCCGGGCGCGUCGCCGCUGCGCGUGCUGGUGGCGCACGACGCGGCGGCCGCGGCGCGGCUGCUGGAGCAGAGCGCGCGCGACCCGCCCUUCGCCGGCCCGCUCGGCAAGCAGAACCGCCUGCGCGUCGCCCGGGCACUCCUCGCCUUUACCAAACACUUACCGGAUCCGAAUGAUCGUAUAGAAAUCCUGCAAUUCAUCGCGGGGCAGUUAAGUUCUGGAGCACUACCGACCGAUCGAGAGGUGAUAAAGAACGCGCAAGAUCUCGCGGCGGCUACAGAGGGCGAACAAUCCGAUCGCGCAUGGCUCGCCUUGCUGACGCGAGCUCGAUCCUCCAACGACCACCUCGAGGGCGCGAGAGAACGGGCCCUAGAAAGACCGAGGGUUCUCUGGCGUAUUGACGCCCUCCUCAACCGACAUGAAAACGCAUUACAGGAGUUUUUUCUAAUAGAAUCUCCAUCUGCCACGGAUAUAGACGAACUGUUUGAAUAUCUACGAACCAGAGUAGAAACUGAUAGUGGAAAGCAGCUGCUGGAACCGUACUUGGCGCGGUUAGUUGAACUGAGGCCACUCGCGACCGCAGCUAUCAUGGUCGAAUAUUUUCCAGAUUCUGUGGUACAAAUUUUACAAUCGACUACGGGUGAAUCUGCUUUAAAAUUCGCAGAAUAUUUACUGGAAACCGGUCGAUUAACUGGUGACGCGGCAGCAGCACAUUUUCGUAACCUGUGCGUUCUCAGGCCGACCGAAGUGACAAAUUUUUUACUGAAGAAUCCAGGCGUGAUAAGACCGGAAGAUGCACUCGCUACAGUUAAAGAGUGUGGGUUGGCUGAAGCCGAACCGAUCUGUUUGGAAGCGACAGGCGACUUCGACGGUGCAUUGGACGCAAUUAUUCGGCUCAUCAAUAUCGCUGUCGAACAAGAAGAUACAGAGAGUGAGGAGCGGCUGGUGGCGCAGGCGUGGCAGCUGUGCACGCGCGUGUCGGCGGCCAGCGCGGCGGCGCGCGCGGCGGCGCUGUGGCCGCGCCUGCUGGCCGCCGCGCGCCGCCCGCCGCCCGCGCUGCUGCUGCACGCCGCCGCGCACGUGCCGCUGGACCGCCUCGUCGAUAAGACGUGCAACUCCCCGCGAGUGGCGUUAGCGAUAGUGGAGUGCGCGGGGGCGGCGCGGCGCGUGUGGGCGACGGCCCACUGCGGGCGCGCGUUCCACGCAGACUGUGAGAUGGAAGCCACCUGCGGCUUGUGCGGGCAGCGCACCCCGGACCAGGUGUUCUCGUUCCCGGCGCGGCGCGAGCUUGCGCCACGACCCGCCUCGCCCGCGCACGAUCACAACCUGACGCUAGUGGCGCCCCCCAGACCCGAUCUCGAAGGGAUUGUAUAAACCCGAUAUGCAUUUAUUUUUACAAUAAAUAAAAAAAUAUAUUUACGUAACUAUGGGCAUAUCCCAUACGACGAGGUCACGACGUAAUAAAUAACACUAUGGGUGAUUCAUUUAUUACGGCGGCGCGAGCGUUAUGAGUGUUAGAUCAUAUAUCUCAUACAUGUGCAAAGGCCCAGUUAAUAUCGAAUUAACUAGUACUUGGUUCUAUUUUAUUUUAUAUACAGGCUCGCACAGAUGCCUACAUGUGUGUGUAUAAAUUACUCUAGGUAAACCCUUUUAACGUAGCAUGAUUGGAACGACUAAUGUUUCGCACUAGGCGAUGUAUUCUAUCGCUGUCCUGCCGUCAUUCCAAUUAUGCUGCGUUAUAUAGGGUAAACAAAAGAACGAAAUUGAUGUUACCUUUUACUAUAUACAUUAUAUACUAUGCUAUAUCGUGUUAUAUAUAGUUGCUAAAUUAUCCAAAAAUGUGCUGUAAUUCUAAUAAUUAGAAAAUAGAGAAUGAACCUCAACUUAGUAGAAAUAUGAUGUGCUUUAUGUAUAUAAUUGAUAUACAAUAUGUUACUAUAGUAAAUGUUUAUAAAUAAGUAUAUUAAAUGUAUUUAUAUUGUGAGAGAUCAUUCCAACGACAAUAGAUAGGGUAGCCAAUAUUUCGUUAAUCGUUUUUUUUUUGUUCAUUGAUAAACAAAGUUAAAUAAUCUCUAGACCAGUUUGCCACUACUUGGAAAAACCUUGAGUUUUUGUAGGAAGUAAUAAAUAACUUUUGGGCCAUUUUUUGAUUUUAAGGAAGAAUUAUGUGUGAAAUAAUUCAUUAUACAUAUUUUUAAUUCCGAAUAAUGUCACUAACUCCCUGUUAUUUUUUUCGCAACUUUCAACUUUCAACUGUGUUUAGCUCAGUGGCAUUUGCUUAGUUACAGUUACAGAGUUUUUACAGGGUCCGCUUACCUAACAUGAAAAUUGGACAGGUCCAGCUUUCAUCAGAAACGCCUGCCUGUCUCACGUCCCAAAGGGAACACCAGCCUAGAUAAAAAGGUCAGGUCAAUUCCAUACUGUUUUCCUUAACCGCACUUCUCUAAAAAAACCCUUAUAACUUUUGACUUUGACUUAUAACUUUUUGUGUCAAGGAGUUUUUGAUAUUUGGCUACAAAUUAUAGAUUUUGUUGGUGAGCCAUGUCAGGGGCCUUUGGCGGCUCAAUAAUAACCCUAACACCAGGGCUAAUAAGGUUAGUAAUUCACCUCACAACCCACACGAUAGAAGAAGUUGGUGAAAUCAGAUCUCAAAAAAGUAUUGCUGGGAAAAGGCUUGUCCUGACCUCCGAAAAAUGCUUGUAACUUUUUAUCGGCAGGCCGACAAGUUCUGAUAUCUGGCGACUUUCGUAUUUUUUACUGUGUAGUCAAAAAAUCGCGAUCCGUUAUGGUGGCAGGGGCUAUGUUUAUGUCGCAUGUAAUAGGCGGCGAGUCCAGAGCCAUAAACAGGGCAUAAAUUCUGGAAUCCACGUGAUAUCUAUGAUCAAAAAAUUAAUUCAAACUCAGUCGAAUGAAGAUACAAACUGCCUAUUUCUCCCAUCAGGUCGCUACUGUUGUUUUUUAUAUUUUGACAGUUCCCCAUACUAUUCGACUAAACAAUUGUUUUGGUUAUAUUUAACACUAUAACCUUAUGCGCAGCGUGUAACUACAAAAUCAUAGUGUUAUGUAGGUAUACCGUAACUAAAGAUCGGAAAGAAGAAAACUUAGUAAUUUUUCCAACUUAUUUUUCGUAUCUCAUACUUCAGUCGGAUACUCUCCAUGUUGCACCUCAUUUUUUAGCAAUUUAUCACGAAGUUUAGCUGGACAUUGGUGCUAAUUCCUGUAAAUACCAUCUAAUUUUAUUUUAGGUUAUAUCUGUCAUUUUCUUAUCCGCCGAAAAGGAAAGGGACGGGUAAUCGACAAGCAUAAAAUUUAUGGAACACACGUCAAUUUUAAGCACAAAUCUAAAACAACCGUCUAAAAAUUCGCCCGGGUUAUUCAUUUAUUUACUCAUUCUUCCUAAAAUUAAGAGCUGUCAAUCAUCCGUCCCUUUCCUUUUCGGCGGAUAAGAAAAUGACAUGUAUAACUUAAAGUAAAAUUAAGAGAUGUCUGCAGGAAUCGGGGCCAUUAUGGAGAACUGUUAAAAUUUAGGAACCGCGUGGUCCCGCGGUGUGAUAUCAGACUUCAACCAACGUAGAAAAUGAUAAAACUAAGCUGGACAUCCAGCUUGCAUAAUAGCUCUCAUUUCGAGAUACAUCCUAGACACCUUACUUGGCUGUGUGCGUCAA